AUGAACAUAUUUAUAAACAGAAUACUUGAUAAAUUACCGGUGCAUACUCACACAAAAGAUGUAAUCGCCAAGGAGCUCAAUAAUAUAAAACGAGGGCAGUUGCCGUUACUCCAAGACCCUAUAAAUGAUUAUUUCUUAACUGGAAGUAAAAAACACUUAGAAAGACUUAUUUUCAAUAUUUAUUUUCGAAUUUCAAACCAAGUACCGCAACACAUUCGUCUCUUUUCUAUACAUAGAAAGGAGCUACAACUUUUCUGGCCUUACGAAACACACAGAUCGCUAUUUCAAUAUAAUAACCCAAAACGCGAUAGCCUUAGGUCCCAGCUAGAUAGGGGUAAACUAGAUGUACUGAAAAAUAUUGAAUACAAACGCCACUGUUGGAUGAUGCCUACAAGCUGCACAACCCCAAAGCAAGACAUAGAAGGUUUCGAAUUCAAGGUCCCAGGAUCUUUUGAUAAAUUACGUUUACAGGAAUCCGAAAGAAAUGAAUUGCUGGAUCUAAUAUUUCGACAAAGCACAUUUAUCGCAAGAAAUCCAGUUCUUCUAAGCGGCAAAAAACGGCAAAACCCUAUAGUAGAAAUUCCCAUGAGCCCAAUGGGAGAAGAUCUCUCAGAAGCUAGAAUAAAAAACCUGUUUAAUAAGAAGACCUUAAACGUUCUCUACGAUUUGCGUGAUGAGUUUCCAGCAAUCUGCGAUGAAAAUGAGCAGUUGCUGUUAUCUAUUAUCAAUCAUGGUGAUACAAACCGUAAUUUGAGGCGAUUAUAUCAAAGAGCAUGUUUUAGGUCAUACACUUUCGAUCCCAAAACUAAAGAUUUUAAGUUAAGUCAGCUAUGUAAAAUACUUUAG